AUGUUAGUCACCGUUGUGAUGUCGGAUUAUCCUGUAAAACAGAUAACCAGUCAUUUGUCAAUGCUGGCUGUCGAAACUUUGGCCAACACAUUACAGUACGGUAUAGAUUUUGGCAACGUCGCUGAAAUCGAUAUUGCACUCUCGCCGAAACGUUUUCACCUUCGUGUGCAUACUAUCAGAAGUAACGAGGGAUUGUCAUCGCGAGCAGAUAUCAACGUGACCGAGGUGUUGUACGAAGCAAUGCCGCGUUGCGACGAGUUCAUGUCCGGCUGCUGGUGGCGCAACGGCAAUCGCAACUGUUGCGAAAUCUUUGAGGUGCAGCGCACCGAGUAUGGAUUCUGCUACUCGUUCAAUUCAGAAGUGGCGGAACCAUCGUGGAACACCCACGGCGGACGCCAUCCGGAGUCGCGGCCACGAAGAGCGUCCGGUUACGGCGAAUGGAGCGGUCUCAAGGUUACGAUUCAUCUGGGAAACAUAACGAAGCCACCGGAUUCCGUUGAGAUCGGCGGUAUUGUGGUGCUAAUAAAUGAGCCACACGUCUGGCCCAAUAGUGGCACUAUGAUCCCGUCGGGUUCGUUAGUCAGUCUGUCCGUGGACUGCGUCUCCGGUUUCGCCACCCAGGGCGUGCUUAAACUGGACGAGAGCAGGACGCCGUGCAAGUACGACGCGACCGGCGAAUACAACCAGGAGACCUGUCUGUCGCAAUGCAAACGCACCUACGUCAUCAAGCAUUGCGGUUGUAACCCGUCGUUUUUCUUCCCCUUAACCCCGGAGCGCGACUGCAACGCCGUGGAUCUCGUCUGUCUGGCCAAUUUUAACGUGUCUUUUGGCGGUAUAAUCGGCUUAUUUCUGGGCGGCUCGUUGCUCAGCGUCAUCGAGCUACUCUACUACCUGAUGGUGGCCGCGUUCUCGUCUCUGUACUCGCGACACAGGACCAGGGCAGGAUCGAAAACACUUACGAACGCGCCGAUCGUCCGCACAACGGUACUACCCAUUCUGGAUUACAGCCCGUUAAAGCCGCCAGCGAGGAAAAUACCGAUUUUCGCGAAUUAUGGCACGAAGUCGAAUUUAAACAGAUAUUGA